AUGAGCAUUGCAUCUCAGAAAAAGGUUAAGCCAUCGUUUGUUUGCUUGCGGUGUAAGCAAAGGAAAAUCAAAUGUGAUAAACUUUGGCCUACUUGCUCCAAAUGCAAGGCCUCAUCCUCGAUUUGUAGCUACGAAGUGGAACCAGGACGGAUUAACAAAUCUCCCACUAUCGAAAAUGCCCCACAUAGAGACAUUAGAAACAUUACUCCUGCAUCGAUGUCCGCAAGUGGUUCCUUUACUUCCAUACUUAAUCCAAGUACUAAAGACUGGGAAAUGAAAAAUUUUGCCAUGAAUUUAUCGAAUGCACACGACAAGCUUGUUGUAAUGAAUAACACAACCAUCGUUGAUAGUCCUUUUGCCUUCCAUAGCAUUCUUCAACAUGAUUUGUAUGCGAAGGCCUUGACCACCUGCAUACAUGAGAGGAUACUGAUUGAUGUCGAACGCCAUCGUGAAAACGUUUCUGCCAACAAUAAAAAAAGAGAACUUAACUUAACAAUCGGUGAUAUUGGACCUUUGUUUUUUAUUGAUAAAGCUGCACUUAAAUUUAUUGAAAAUACCUCAAAAACAAGCAAAUUGUAUCCUCCAAUAGAUUUUCUGUAUAACACGUAUGAUUAUGAACAAGCGCAUCCUGAAGAAAAUAAUGAUAAAAUUUCCAUAAACAUCCUUUUGGAAGAGUUAUCCAAAUAUUUCCUCAAUAAGAAUGAGGUUGAUGGCUUAAUCGUGGACUUUUACAAAACAAUAUAUCCGGUCUAUCCGUUACUGGAAAUAUCAUUAUUCGAAGAUAACAUAAGGGAGCUGUUGCAAUUGAAUGAAUUUAAUGGGUAUAACAUUGUAUUUGCGGGCAAAGACUCUAGAAGAAAACUGGAGACAAUAACACUGCUAACUAUCAUAUUGGCUUUUUCUUACAGACGUUUGAGUCUAAGUACUAGUCAUUCAUUUAAAGAAUCUUUUGGUGUAAAAUCGAAUAAUUUAACGCUACUCGCUCAUAAACUUCUUGCUCUCAUGAACGUUUUUCAAUAUGUUAAUGAACAUACACUUUGUUGUCUGCUCUAUUUUUUCAUAUUGCGGUAUUUGAAUCCAGAUCAAGCUGACAUGUAUCCUACUCACAGUGACAUACUAAACCUAAAAUUUUUGGAGAAUGUAGCAAUAAAGCUAGGACUGAAUGAAGAACCCUUCCAAUACACUCGAUACGUCAGCGAAUCGGACGAUUAUCCAAGAUUAUUCAAUUUAAGAAGGAAAUUAUGGCUUGGCGUGCAAUUUUUGAAGUUUGGAAUAUUGAUUCCAGAAGGAGAUUCUGACAUUCUAAGUUUGGAAUAUUUAAGAUCCUUUAUGAAAACUGACGAAUCUCUACCAGAACUAUUUGAGAGAAAUUACGCUUCUACUAAUAAUCUAGACUUAUCGUUGAUGGCUACAGCAGAGAAUAUCUAUCAUUUACAUUUAUCUUUACAGGUAUUACUGACUUCUUGUUUUCCAAUAAAUGGCCCUUCCUACUUGAAGGAAGUAUUGGAUAACAUCGACAAGACAAAAGAUUUUUUAAAUCAGAAAUUCCCUCUCAUUUUAAGUUCUCUUGGAGAACCAAGGAUGAAGAGCUUACAUAUCAAUGUUCCCUCUUCCUUAGCAAAUGAAGAAUCUUUUGACUUUAGCACUUUUGAGGAAAAUGAAACAUUCAUAGCUAAUGUGAUUAGCUACACUUGUACAAUGAACAUCUAUGAUAGCUUAUCUUUGCAUUUUGAAAAUCAAUGUUUCAAAAACGCUUUGGAGUACAAAACAUAUUAUCACCGCUUUACUUUUACCGCUAUACAAGAUUAUUUAACGUUGCUAAAAUUAAUCUCGGAAUACUUUAAUGGAUCUCUUCUGCAUUUACGGGAACCUUUUGGGUUUGCCACUCAGAAAGUUGUUCGCUUUUCGAUACAUCGAUUACUCAUAUUCCAGGCCACCUUGCUCGUGAGAUUAUUUUAUAAGAAGGAUACAUGCGACAGAUCCUCUGCAGCCAUGGGAAUGUUGAAUGAUAGAAACGGAAGACUUAGUCGAGUCAUUGAAAAAAUGAUCAAGUUGAUGUCAUAUCAUAUGAAAUUACUUGUAGAAAUUGUUAUCUCGAAACUGGAAAAGAGUUAUCUCGGUUCGUUCAUUUCUGUCUCUAUUUUCAGGUAUAUCAUUUAUUUGGUGGAUACUGACGCGCUGUCUGCGUUUAUAUCCGACUACUGGAAGAGUGACGCCGUUAUGGAUGAAAGAUAUUCAAGAAUCCAUAGGAUUGUCGGUUUAAAAUGGGGUAUGGGAAGGGAUAAGUCCUUUUCGUUCACAUCAAAAUUAAACAAUCCACAAUUCUUGGGAAGUCUUGAUUUGGAGAUUUUGGAAGAAUUAGAAAAACUCAUUUCCGCACAAGAAUUUUCCAGAAACUUCACUGAAGAUGUUGACGAAUCUUUACAGAGUGAAAUUGACCUCAUGAAUUAUGACAAUGAAGCCUUGAAUCAACUAAUGGCAAUUGAUCUUGAUAAGCUACUUGGAAUUUUCCCUAACCUGAGUAACUUUUGA